CGGAGACGCGACGCGGUGCCCAGGGGAGCGAGCCAGCGCCUCAAUCUCCUUCCUCUCCCUUCCCGUCGCCUCGCCGCCUUCUCCCCGCAGCCGGACCGGAACUAUGUGAUCCGGAAGUUCCGGUGCCAUUGCUGUGUGGGAUAAACAGUAAUGGCGGAGGCUGCAGCUCCCGGAACAACAGCCAAACCAUCAGGAGCAGGAGCGGCAGCGGCGGCGGUGGCAGCGGCCUCCCAACGUCUGCUCGCGUCCCCGCCCCGCCCCGCCCGGAGAAGUAGCUUUUGUUAUUUCUUUGUAUGUUUAUCGAGGCUGGCGGUUCUGAGCUUUGUCUGGGAACCGUGUGCGGAGCCGGGCCGGGUCGGCAUCCUCCGCCCUGAGUUUUACAAGCUGCCGUUCCCCUCCCGGGGCGAAAUGUUUCUCUUUUUGAAAUCCACGCCUCUCUCCGUUGCAGGGAGUCAGAGACCUCCUGCAGCCCGGAGGAGAGGGUUUGUUUUGGCUUGGUAUUUCAUGCACGGGGUUUGUAAGGAAGGAGAUAACUGUCGCUACUCGCAUGACCUCUCUGACAGUCCAUACGGUGUGCUGUGCAAGUAUUUUCAGCGAGGGUACUGUAUUUACGGAGACCGCUGCAGAUACGAACAUAGCAAACCAUUGAAACAGGAAGAAGCAACUGCUACAGAUCUAACUGCAAAACCAUCCCUUGCUGCUUCCUCAAGUCUCUCACCAGUAGUUGGACCGAUUGUUGAAAUGAAUACGGGCGAGGCUGAGUCAAAUUCAAACUUUGCAACUGUAGGAGCAGGUUCAGAAGACUGGGUGAAUGCCAUUGAGUUUGUUCCUGGGCAGCCCUACUGUGGCCGUACUGCCCCUUCUUGCACUGAAGCACCCCUGCAGGGCUCGGGGACCAAGGAAGAGCCAGAGAAGGAGCCAGCGGCCGUGGACGCAAAGAAGCAGCUCUGUCCCUAUGCAGCGGUGGGAGAGUGCCGCUACGGGGAGAACUGCGUGUACCUCCACGGAGACUCCUGUGACAUGUGCGGGCUGCAGGUCCUACACCCAGUGGACGCAGCCCAGAGAUCACAGCACAUAAAAUCUUGCAUUGAGGCCCAUGAGAAGGACAUGGAGCUCUCGUUUGCCAUCCAGCGCAGUAAGGACAAAGUGUGUGGGAUCUGCAUGGAGGUGGUCUAUGAGAAAGCCAACCCCAGUGAGUGCUGCUUCGGGAUCCUCUCCAACUGCAGCCACACCUACUGUCUCAAGUGUAUUCGCAAGUGGAGGAGUGCUAAGCAAUUUGAGAGCAAGAUCAUAAAGUGAGACUCCUCCCCAAUCUUCGUUUGUGCUUUCUAUUUUGGGGAAGAAUUUAGUGUCUUGUGCCAACUUUCAAGCAGAUGGACCGCAUUUAAAUGCAUGCAUUUUAUCUUGAAAUGGGGGUAUUCUUUGAAUUGGGGUUUCUUGUUUGUAUUUCAGCUAGCUUGUAGGUUAGUUGGUAUAUUUACUUUUAUUUGAAUGAGGAAACCCUAUGUAACAGUUAGUAGAAGCUUUUUCUGAGGAGAUUGUUUAACGGAUUAGCCCCUUUAGGCUCAGUGAACAAGCUUACCUAGCUCUGAAUGUAUGUUUCCUGACGUUUUACAUUUGCCACUUUCCUAUUUCAUCCAUUAAGCUAGCCAAUAAUCCACCAUCCUUUAAAGAUUGUUCUCAUAACUGAACAAAAACAACAUAACUUAAACAGAGCAAAGUUACAAGAAAUAAAUUUAUUUAAACGAAAGAAAAA